UGUCCAUUUAUGUUCUAAAUAAUGACAUGACAGUGAAAUCUAACAUGUAGGUUUCAGAGUUCAUUCUUCAGUUCAUGUUUACUUCUCCCCUUUGCCUGUUUACUUUUACGAACCAUCGAAUCAAGGCCAAAGGAGACAGAGCAAUAGAAAUCAGCUGGAAAUUUGGGGGAGCCUGUUGCAACUGUAAAUUAAUAUAGAUGCUUGUUGGAUAUCUUAUAAAAGGGGUCUGAUAAUUCUGGAGGAGGAUGUUUACAAUCGUGUUGUCUAUACUUGUACAGUUAAGUGUGUCAUUAUAUGGUCACCCAAUCAAUAACAGACCUAUUGUAGGUGUUUUGGCUCAGGAAUCCUCUAAAGGGGCACCUGCUGCUACGUACAUCCCUUCUCCUUACAUUAAAUGGCUGGAGUCUGCAGGAGCCCGAGUCGUCCCAGUCCGUUUAUUCAGGGAAAACAAUGUAAAAGCCAUUUGUUACUACAAGAAACUGUUCAGUUCUUUAAAUGGGAUUUUAUUUCCUGGAGGUGGGGUGGACAUUCUUAAAUCACAGUUUGCAAAGACAGCUAUGAUCAUCUACAACCUGGCCAUUACUGCAAAAGAUAAAGAUGGGGACAGUUUUCCUUUGUGGGGCACUUGUCAGGGUUUCCAGUUAAUAUCUGCUUUAGUUUCUAAGCAGAAUUUGUUAACAGCCGUGGAUGCAGAAGAUCUUCCUUUACCACUGAAUUUUACCACAGAGGCUGCAAAGAGUGUCUUGUUUGGCAAUUUACCAGAGGAUGUGUACCAACCCUUGAAAACGGAAAAUGUCACUGCUAACUACCAUCACUGGGGCCUCACUCCAUCAACAUUCUCCCAGAAUAAAGAAUUAAGAAGCUUUUUGAAAGUCUUGUCAACAAACAUGGAUAGAAAUGGAAAAGAAUUCAUAUCAUCAAUGGAAGGUUACAGAUACCCUGUAUAUGCAGUUCAGUGGCACCCAGAAAAGAAUAAUUUCAUAUGGACUCCAAAAGCUCAUAUAGAUCAUGAUGCACAUGCUAUCAGGGUAUCACAAUAUUUUGCAGACUUUUUUGUAGCCCAAGCUCGAAAAAGCCAACAUAGAUUUCCUGAUGCCAGAGCUGAAAGCCAAGCUGUGAUCAGCAAUUAUCAUCCACAAUUUGAUAGAAAUAAUUUCUUGGAAAAUUACUAUUUUGAUUUUUUAAAUGAUACAGCCACCAUUUGAUAUAAGUAUUUAAAAUCUAUUUGCCAUCAAGUGAUAUUUUUUUUUCCUACCAAAAAAUUUUUUUUGUUAAUUUCCAGUAUUUAAAUUUGUGAAAUUAGGACUGUUCAUGUAUCAGUCUGUAGAUUAUGCAAAUAAAGGGAACACAGAAUGUAUCUAUAAACUAAUAUGUAACAGUGGACUCACUGCGAAUUUUCUGUGAUCAAUGGAUUGUAUGUUGCAUUCCAUGAAUAUGUUCAGUUAUAUCAAGUUUAUCAUUUACUUAAUGUGCUUAAUGUGUAACUUUAUACAUUUUAGCAGAACUAUCA